GAUGAACUGAAGGCGUUCUAUCCUGUUCUGAGUAGUAGAUUGCGAGAGAAUGUAUUAUUGAGGAGUAGGCCCUCACAAACUGAGGAAUUUGCCUCCUUUUCAACACUUAUUUUACAUAGACAUGUGAUGGCAACAGUUACUACUUGCGCAAUACUCCCUCCGUCUCAUUUUUGCUAUCUUACACAUACCAGUACAAAGUUAUAAAGACUAAAAUGCCCUUUACCUUAUCAAACUUCAAUGCAAUUGUCUCCUCCCUUUUCAAUUCCCAAGGCAUUUGUCCCCCACUUUAUCAAACCCCAAUGCAAUGAUUGCUCAAAAAAUAAAGCCAUUACGGGACAAAGAAGCCCAAAGAUGAACUCUUUCGAAGACAAAGGGAGUAUAUUCUUAAUGGCUUCUGCUUGAAAUUAUUUUGUACUUAGCUCAUGCAUGCUGAGCUGUAUCAACUCAGUUAUGGAUUUCUAUUGAUAGGCUAUUUGUUGACACCCUGUACUUCGAUGAGUUGUUUGAAAAUGCUGACAAAACACAUCAUGUGUAUACCGAUGUCCUAGAGCUGUAUCCUUCCUCUGGUUCUGAGUCUGAUGUUGAAGAGCUCCCUGAUGCUAUGGCUUUUGUCAAUGUUAUUCAAAUUACUGAUGGUGUUAUAAGUGAAAGCCUCUCAAAGUUGAGACUUGAAGACAAAAUCGCAAUGACAGCCACCUCAAGUAACAUAACAGUUGAACAAAGUCCAACUGAUUUAGCUGAACCACAAAAUUUCGGAUCUGCUGCAGUGUCUAAAGAAAUAUCAUCUCUAUCUUUUACUUGGAGAUCAGAACUAUCAAAAGUAUAUGUUUGGUAUGCCAGCUUUGGUUCAAACAUGUGGACACCAAGGUUUCUGUGCUAUAUCCACGGGGGAAAGGCUGAGGGUAUGAAUAUACCAUGUUUUGGAUCGCAUGAUCCAAGCCCACCAAGUGGUACCAUGUGGAAGACUGUACCUCAUCGAUUGUUUUUUGGAAGAUCUUCUACUACCUGCUGGGGAAUUGGUGGUGUUGGUUUUCUCAACCCUGAGACAAACCCCUCUGGAAACUCCUAUGUCUGCACGUACAAAAUAACGCUUGAGCAGUUCAAUGAUGCAUUGUUUCGAGAAUCGUUUAGUGAAUGAGAACAAGAAAGCAGAAAAACUGAAUGUCCUGACUCUCCUCUGAUUGGCUUGCCUGAAAUAAGAGUUUGUUUCCAGAAACAAAGCUGUCCAUCUUGGACCUAUUAAGGUUUGAUUUGCACCGCAUCAA